CUUGAUUCGCCCCGUUCGCGCGCUUUUCUCACCUGUUGCGUUUGACGGUAUGCAUGCGUGCGAUUGCCUUGGUUUUCUCGCAGACGUGGGAAAGUUAGUGAUAGCUUAACGCUUUUCGUGACGUGUCUCUCGUGCCGUUUCGCGCGAGCGUGUGUGUUUUGUCGCAAGAAACGCGAAGUGCUUACUUCACACGCGCGUGCUUUAGCCCACGGCGUGACUUAACCUCGAAUUCGAUACAGUGCUGGACGCCGAUCGCCAGUGUAAAAUGCAAGGAAAUUGUUGUUAAGCUGACUUCUCGAUUUUACUUGAUUGUUAUUUUUAACAGAUUAACGAUUAAACUAAAAACAAAAUUAAUUUACGUUGUUAUUCAUUGGUUGCUGUAGCAUACAAAAAUAUAGUGCAUAUAAAAAUCAUCUGAGGGCUAAAUAUUAUAUACUGCAAACUUUGCGCUACAAAUUGUUCAAGAAUGGCAGAUUACCUUUCUGCUGAACUCACUGCCACUUGCUCUGCGAUUGGAUAUUUUGAUGGAACUACCUAUCUUUUAGACAACAAUUGCUUAGAUGUCAUAAAGGAUCUCAUUAGAUAUCUUAAAAGAGAUGAUGAUACCCAUACUAUAAGACGUUUUCUUGGACAAACAAAAGUACUUCAGACUGAUCUCGUAAAGAUUCUUAUGUAUCAUGUUGAGAAUACUGAACUUUGGGAUGUUUUGCUACGAUUACUUAUAAAUUUAACAAGCUCUGCGUUUGUGAUUUACAAUGAACAAAUACCAACUGAGAAAACGACGUAUAGUUUAUAUCAACAAAUUGUUUCAUAUUUACAAGAAUAUAAGGCAGCGUUAGCUGAUGAGAAUGUGUGGUCAGUAGUAGCUGGUCGUUUGGGAAAUUUGCUUAAUAUUGAUAGUUCUGAAAGAGGCGAGGAAAAUGAGUUAACAAUUGAAAGAAUACUUGCUUUCAUUAGAAAUGUAUUACAAGUGCCACCUAAUGACAAUGAUAAAAGAGCCGAUAAUGAUGCUACUGUUCAUGAUGAGGUAUUAUUUGCGUUUCAUGCGUCAGGCAUAGUGGAUAUUUUGUUGUUCAUUGUCAGUAACAAUCAAGAACAACAAUAUCAUAUGCAAAUUUUAGAGAUUAUAUCUUUAAUGUUACGUGAGCAAAAUGCAAGCGUGUUGGCUACAUCUGGGUUGCAACGUAGUACCGCUGAAAGGGAAAAUGACGAGGCUACUCUCGUAGCCUUGCGACAAAAAGAACUGCGCGAAAAAAUAAACAAAGUAAAAAAAUACGCUGGAUCAAGGCACUCGCGAUUCGGUGGUACUUACGUUGUGCAGAAUAUGAAAGCUACUGGAGAAAAUCAAAUGAUAUGCCAUAAACCAUACCAGAAGAUCGAAGCACUGGAAUUCGGUCAUAAUAAGAAAAGAGUGAAGCGACGUAAGGAUAAAAUGAGCCUGCAAGACCCCAAGGAGGAGCGCACGUCUGCUCUUAGCGUGCGACUCUUUUUGAAAGAGUUUUGCGUAGAAUUUCUAAGCGGGGUUUACAACUCCGUGAUGAAAUUCACUAGGUCUUGCUUUAUCAACGACACUCAUGGCCAAGCAGUGGAAACGGCUGUCUAUCUGUGGGCCUUACGCUUCUUCAUGGAGUUCAAUCGACAUUACAAGUUUCAAGUGAAAUAUGUAAGCGAAACUAUAUCUACAGAAGUGUUUUACCUAGUGCAAAGACAAAUUGAACAAUACUACGAGAUGAUAAUAGUCGAUAAAAAAAAGAUACCGCUUUGGUCUCGUAGAUUGCAUUUGGCAUUAAAGGCAUAUCAGGAGCUUCUUAACAAUCUCAUGGUAAUGGAGAAGAGUAGAGAUGAUGGUGUUAGAGAAUCCAGCAAGAUAAUUAAAAGCAAUAUCUUUUAUGUCCCGGAAUAUCGGGAAACUAUACUCUCUCAGCUUUUGUGCUUCGACGAGGUUAAAAUGUCACGGCAGUACUUGGUGGAUCUUGUAACGACUGUUCACAUAUUUCUAAAGAUGCUUGAACAAUUCUGCCAGAAAAAUACACGACAUCUCGUAGUUCAAAAAGCAAAGUCAAAGAGAACAAAGACCAAAAAGAAAAAAAAGCCUACUCAAGAAAACGUAACUACGGCUCCUACUUUGGAAGAACGUUGGGACACUAUUGGCCCCGAAUUAUCUGCAGUUAUGCGCGAUGCUGUUAUACCUGUAAUGGUGCCAUUUGAUGCAACCUUAGAUACGCCUAUUGAUGAUCAAAAAGCGGACGCCAUGAAGAGAAUUCAGAAAUUAAUGCGACAACGGAACUUGGAACAGGCAGUUGGUCUUCUACGUGCAGCAAGAGACAUUUGGCCAGAGAAUGAUUGCUUCGGAAAAGUGGACAUACUUCCCGAGGAAGAAUUUCUAGCUCUUCACGAAAUCUUCUUUGCUGAGCUGGGCGUGGUUGAAGAUCAGGCUGUCAUUCAAGAAACAAUAAACGCGGAUGGAGACAGUGACAAUUCUGAAAACCGCGAAGAAAAUGAGGAAGAAGAAGAUGAAGACGAGGAAGAAGAAAGAGAAACUGUUUAUCAAGAAACUGACUUUAAAUUGGAUGAAUUUAUUCAAAGGUUUGCCAACGUGAAGGUCGUCAAGGCUUUAGCACUUUUAAUGCAACAAUUCGAAAGCAACUCGAUCGAAGUAAACCACUAUGUAGCAAAAAUGCUACAUCGUAUCGCUUGGAAUUGUAAAAUGCCGGGCAUGAUAUUUCAAGCAUCCAUCUUUCGGAUUUUUCAAAAAAUCCUUGAGUCAAAGAAUCCUGAACACAAGGAGCUCCAAAAGUUCGCGGUCUUCAUAAUCCGCCGUUUCAUCGAAGUCGCCCAGAAGAACCGGAAGUCGUACAUGGAGCUGCUCUUCUGGAAGACUACCCGCGACGCGACAGAAAUCGUGGAUGGCUACAGCGCGGAAACGAAUAACAAGAAAGUUUCACGGGCGACCUGGACGGAGGCGGAAGAGGACGAGCUGCGUACUCUCUUCAUGGAGCAUCAGACUAACAAAUAUCCUCAAGAUUUAAUUGACUGGCUAUUGGAGAACGUCGUCAAUGAAAAUCGAACACGACGCACCAUCAUCAAGAAACUCAAGGAGAUGUGCCUGAUCGUCAAUUCUAAGGGUGUGCGAGCUGAGGUACAAAAGAGAUUACCUAAGGAGUGGUCUGAGGAAGAAAUCGCCCAACUUACGGAACUUUGGACACAGUUCAAGGACGAUGAUGAUCCGGUAGAUUUGAUUUUCAACGGUCUUAAAAUAAAGCGGCCGAAGCCGAAGAUCAAGGAGAAGCUUCUGGAAUUAGGAUUGGCGCAGGAUCGCAGGGAGCUGCGCAAAAAGCGGACCAGAAAAAGCAACCAGGGUAAAUCGUCGUGGGAAACGCAAGCUGCCAGUAAUUCUGACGGGAACGAAAGUUCAGCCACCGACGACGAAGACGGCGAAGAAACUCGAAAAUCCUCGAAGCGCGGUGGCGCACCUCGCCGGAGCGAGGCGCCGUCGACGAAAAAGAAGCAAUGGAACAGGCGGAAGCUACCGACGAUCGUUUACACGGAUGCACAAUUAUCCGGUCUCUUGAAGGACGUCAUCGACAGAGACAUGAGAGAGGCAUUGGAAUGGCUCAAGGAAUCCCUGCAAGACGCUGUGGACGAUCGUGACGAGGAGAGCUCCGAGGGCAUACCCUUGGUGCCGCUGACAGAUUACUCGUCUGUUGCGAUGGAUUCACCGAGUUUUCAAAAGCUCCUUCGCGCCAUGGGAUUUGUGCCACCGGCUGAUGCCCAGGAAUCUUAUUGGCGUAUCCCGGCGAAUAUACUUACGGCUACGCUCCAGAAACGCUACAAGCUCAUCGGAGACGCUUUAGCCGGGGAAUUUGUUGUCGAAGAAACGCGUAAAGAUUCCGAUACAGAUGAAAGGGCGGACGACAACGAGAGUGAAGAUGAUGACAAUGUAUUCGAAAAUGUUAGAAAGCUCUUUGCACCCAAAGAACCGGAACCCUCGAUUUCUGGCAUCGGACAAUCGGAAUCUAGUAAAAUUGCGCCAUCACAAAAAUCCAAGACAUUAUCGAUAUUAGACGAUGAGAGUGAUGAAGCGGAAAUUACAGAAAGAAGUGAUAAAGCGGAAAUCACAGUAAAAACGAAUAAAGGAGACACGAGCAACGUGAGAAACCGAGUAAGGAUGCUCGACAGUUCCUCUGAAUCGGAAAUUGAAAGGGAUAUUGAUGAUAAGAACGAUGACACAAAGAGGAAUAGAUCCGAUUCUUCAUCUGAUACGGAUAAACCGUCCACUAAGAAACGUCGGCUACUCGAUAGCGACGAGGAAGCAGAGCCACUAAGAAGUGAUUAUACUAAGGCAAAUGGCGCUCCCGUAAUAAUUAGCGAUAAUGAAGAAUUAUUGCCCAACGUGCGAGCCGAGCGACCCAAAUUAUCUCGCGUAAUAAUCAGCGACGAAGAAGAUUAGGAAAAAAAUCCGUUUAUUUAUUUGGAGCUCCUGAUAUUUAAAAUGUUUUUAAGCAUUCAAAAUGUUAUCAAAAGUAUAUCAAGAUAUAUCUUUUUUUAUUGUUCUUAACUCGAAUUAUAAGGUAAAUUUAAAUUGAAACAUUUUAUUGAUUAUUCUAUAAACAUACUUUCUCAGAUUGAAAAUUAUUAAACAUGUUGGGGUA